CAGAGGACUACAUCUGCUGCUAAAGCUGCACGUCUCAACGCGCCGGACAGCAGCUCUGUGAGGACCGCCGGACUCCCUCUGAUAUCAUUUCAUAAUCAGGCUGGUGUUUGUGCGGUCACCUCUCUCAGACUCAUUUCAAUGCUGUAGGUACUGAAGAGCUCAGUAGAUCGGGCCGAGGUGACGGUGGGAGGACAAACGAUGUCCCAAAGCCAGUCAAACAGCUGCAUGGGCGACCAGGCCCCUCUUAUUCAGGAGAGCCACUUCUCCACUGUACUCCAUAUAUCUGAGCCUGGGGAUGAAUGCUGCCAGCCACAAAGAUCCCCCACACCCCAACCCGAAACACUCGAGGAAGACGUAGUAGACAGGGUGGUGGUGCCUCAGCAGGUGGUUUUGAGCACCCAGAGUCCUGCAGCACGCAAGGUUGGCACCACCCAGCUCAUCCCUAAGAAUCUGGCUGCGUCCAGCCGGCCUAAAAACCGCCACCACACCACCGUGGUGACGUUUCCAGUGGGACUGGAAAGCUUCAGCAGUGGGACACGGAGCCGUCACUCGGCUCAGGGGCCAGAUGUGUCCUGGGAGGAUUAUGACAGUGAUGGAGACGGCUUUUCUUUGAGGAGGAACCGCAGGAACAAGUCGUACAGGGCGGCUGUGACCAGCCUGGACAUUGAAGCCAUGGCGGCGGGACGAAGCGGUGCAGCUACACUGAAACCUGUCAGAGAGGACAGAGCACCAAGUCCUGGUCCAGCUCGCAGCCCGGGACGCAAGCGAACCCUGGGGAGAAAGAGGAACCAGAACCAUCGUGGGUCCUUCAAAGAUGCCACACCACGCCUCUACCAGGAGAUCCGUGAAAGAGGUCUGCACUCGACCAACCAGGAUGAGCUGCUGGAUGACUUUGUGGUGGUGGAGCCUCCCGUGGAGGACCAGGGCAUCGUGGUGAAGAGCUACCGGCCAGCACAGCUCACCUGGAGCCAGCUGCCACAGGUGAAGAACACAGAUAUCCUGAACAUGAUCUCACCUCAGGAGAGAAAGAGACAAGAGGCCAUUUUUGAGAUUAUCACAUCGGAGCAUUCGUACCUGCACAGCCUGGGCAUCCUGGUGCGUCACUUCAAGAGCAGUGAAGCUCUGCGGAAAACCAUGACGGCCACAGACCACCAUCACCUCUUCUCCAACAUCUCUGUCAUUCAUCAAGUCAGCAAACGGUUUUUUGAGGACCUAGAGCGGCGUCACUAUGACAACCCAGUGAUCCGGGACAUCAGCGAUAUUGUUCAGAACCACGCGGCCCACCACUUUGAGCCCUACAUUGUCUACUGCUCCAACGAGACCUUCCAGCAGAGGACACUGCAGAGGCUGCUAACCAGUAACACUGCGUUUAAAGAGACCCUGAAGCAGAUUGAAGGGAGCAGUGAAUGUGGAGGCCUGCCCAUGAUCUCUUUCCUCAUCCUGCCCAUGCAGCGAGUGACCAGGCUGCCGCUGCUGCUGGAUACAAUCUGUCAGAAAACUCCAGACAAGACAGCAGAGUACUUUGCUGCUGUUUGGGCUCUGAAUGCCAUCAGCAAGCUGGUCACGCAGUGCAAUGAUGGAGCUCAGCGGAUGGAGAGGACAGAGCAGAUGUACACCAUCCAGAAACAGAUGGAUUUUGGUAAAAUCAAGCCAUUUCCUCUGGUGUCGUCAUCGCGCUGGCUGAAGAAGCGCGGUGAGCUGGCCUUCUACAACGAAGAACUCAGCAUCUGGAGGGCUUUCAGCAACAGGAGCUACUACCUGUUUCUCUUCAACGAUGUCCUGAUCGUCACCAAGAAGAAGAGUGAGGAGAGCUUUGUGGUGAUGGAUUACGCCACUCUGGAGAAUGUGAAGGUGGAGGUCGGAGAGGAUUCAGAAGGACGGGCGACUUCGCCCAGGAAUGGCUCCAGCUACGACCUUUCCUUCAUGCUGCUCUUGAGCAGGAACAGUGAGGGGAGAGCAGUGCAGAUCACCCUGCAAGCCGAAUCCAGAGUGGAUCGGGCCCGAUGGAUAGUUGCUCUUACAGAAAACAAACAGGCAGGAGUCUUCACUUGUAAAGAUGGUCUGCCACAGUAUGAGGCCACCAAAGCCUACAUGCCAAAGGAGCCAGAUGAGUUGGGGCUGCAACAGGCCGAGCUUGUCAUUGUGCUGCAGAAAGAGGAAGCCUGGUGCUAUGGGGAGAGAAUGCGAGACGGAGAGAGAGGCUGGUUUCCUGCCACCUGCGCCACAGAGAUCACCGACCACACAGCCAUGGAGAACAACGUACAGCGAAUGAAGCGUCUGCGCAAAGAGACCAACGUAUGAGUGACUCCCAGGAUGUACAAAGAGUGGACAAAAUGAACAUUUAGCAACUUCCAAGUAGAUUGGUGAAACUCAUGAUGUUCAGUUUUGGUGAGACUGCUUUGUUUGUGUCUCACACUGAACACAGUGGUCCAAAAGUCCAUUAAUAACACACUGAAAGAUGUUAAUGGGAUAUGAAAAGCCUCAAAAAUGGUCAUUUAUGCUGUCCUGGUACCCCAGUGGUCUAAGAUGAACACAUAUGACCAUGAGGCUCCUGGGAUGAAUCCAGCCAGUGGCCAUGACUCAUGACACUCUCACUGUCAGACUCUCCGAACCAGUUAUUUUUAAACGUGACCAUCAGGUUGAAUUAACACUUACAGCUUACCCAUUAGCUAUUGGUUGAUGAGCUGCUGUAUAUAAGGGUGUUCUCUUCCACCCUCUGUAUGUGCAGUCAAUAAAAGUGGCGACUUGCCAUAACAGAACUUAAAGUGGACAUCUUCACUUGUACAGCACGACCGUUUUUACUUGUUGGUGUGAAUGUACAUUUAAAUUAACUUGCUGUGGUUAAUAAUGAGCCUCAGAUGCAGCCUGGGAUUUAAUUUUAAAACUAGGAACUACAAAGGUUAUUUUACUGUCUACAGACAGGGUAGUAUGAGAAGUUGCAUGACACUUUGCUUUCAUGAUUCCUGCCACCUAACCUCGAGAUGAGGACCUUGAUGUAUUGGUAAAUAUUGGUUGUGUUUCUUGUUGUAUCAAGUUGUGUUUGUGUCAUUUAAAGAAGCUGUGUAGGAUAUUACUUAUCUUGGUGUGAAAGAUAAUGUGACCAUAGCAUUGUGAAAGUUUUAGUAAAACAUUUACUAUUAUAAAUGCAGUUUAUGACACUGUGCCAUUGUUGAAUUUAGUUGAUUGAAACACUUAACUACAUUGUUGUAUUUGUCUAUAUUCUUACUUGAAAUUUAAAAAAAAAAACACUCCCAUGGUCACUGUUCAGAGCCUGUAUACAUGAAGUAUACUUGAAACAAAAAAUAAAGCCAACACUCGAGACAA